AUGGCUGAUGCCUUCGCCUUCGACAGCCGUCCGCCGGCGUCCUUCAUCUCUUACUGUGCCAAGGAGGCUGCAGACGAAGCGCACGCACUGCGGUGUGGUUUGCUCGAGUACUCACCAACGAGCAGCGUUACUUUGAGUCCGACUCGCCGCAACGACCCAGCUGCCGCUGCGCGUGCCCGCGAUGCCAUCCACAGCGCAGAUCUCAUCAUCAUCCUGGGCACCACCAGCUUUGGCACCAAGACAGACGCCGUCUUCAACACCUAUGAGGAGCUGCAGCUCAUCUUCAAGUCCAAGAAGUCCGUUGUGUUACUCCAGAUGUGCCCGGAAUUUUCAUUCCCAGCAACACGCUGUGUCUUCUCACUCAUGCCAGUCCGAACCUUGAUCUGGACGUGUGAUCGCGACCCUUCACCACCAGAGCAUCUCCUGUACACCAUCACUGGCCUCGCACAGCUGGCGGCAAACACGGAGCGAAGCCCCCACGCACGGACUGCUCGCCGAUACGACGCAGGCUUGGGCCCCUCCCUGGGGGCAUCUACCGACACCGAGGAGCCGCCGGAAGCGCCAAUUGCCGUGUCCGAUGACGAAGAUGGCACCCAGGACGACGACGAUGUAUCCCUCGCCACGGCCAGCGCCCACGACGCAGACGACGAGGGCGAUGCUGGCUCGAAGGUCGCUAGGGUUGCCAGCAGCUCAGCUCGUCUCGGGUCCAUGGCCAGCAUGCGAGGCAGCCACUCGGAGCCGAUGCACGCUCGGACAGCUGUCCUCACACCACCGCCCACGCCCAUCGCGGCAGUGGCUACGCUGCCCAGCACAAGCAGUGACACGCGGCUUGACCGAGCCAAUGCCCGCCAGGACAUACACGCGGCUGUUCGCGCCAUUCAUGAGUCCGUCCAAAACCCUCUUGCCCUGGUCAACGCGCUGCAGGCACUGGCGACCUGUAUUCGCCGCAAUGCAGCACGCACCGUCCCCUAUCUCACCACCGAUUACCCGACCAUCGACGUCAUCACAGCCGUCAUGCUCGUGCACCCUGGUCGCCGCCUGCUCCAGCGGCUGGGCUGCUUCAUCCUCAAGCAUGUGGCUGCCUUCUACUGCGGGGAUGUCGUGUACAGCACCACGGCAACGGUUGAUGCGGCGCUGCUCGACCUCAGCGGCAUCCUGCACAAGGUGAUGCUGGACUUUCCCGCGGUGGCCGUGGCUGCGAUGUUGGAGUUUCCUGGCGACCCCAAGUUGCAGAAGUACGCGUGCCAGCUGCUGGACGUGCUAGUGCGUGCGCACGCAGAGCUGCGCACGUGUGUCGUGCACACGGGUGGGCUGCCCGCUGUGGUCGUUGCCAUGGAGCGCCACCCGCGGCGCAGCGGCAUCCAGCAUGCCGGCUGCAAGGUGGUCGCGGAGCUCACGCGGAGGGGCACUGUCAGCGCCCUGGACGUCAUCCAAGCGGGCGGCCUGGACGCCGUGAGGGACGCCGUGUGGAACCACGUCGACGACGCGGCCGUCGUGACAACUGCAAGCGAGUGCAUGGCUACCCUUGUCGCAGCUGCGCGGGACGAAGACGAUGAUGAUGAUGAUGAUGAUGAUGUUGACAGCGACAUUGGCAGCGAGAUUGAAGUCGAGAAUGACACCUGGCUCAGCCCGGCGUACGCCACGGUUGUGCCGAGGUGGGCGCGAACCGCCGCCUUGGCGCUGCUGGAGGCCCUUCAGCUGCACAGGCGCAGUGCCGAUGUCAACGAGCACGGGCUUCGUGCGCUUGCUUGUCUCAUGCCGCACGCAUGCCGCGUCCAGCGGGACCUUGAGCUUCGCAUGGCCCGGCGCGGUGGGGAACGGUCUGCGCACGGCCCGCAUGAUGUCUCAUCAGCAGCAGGCACAGACGUCAUCGAUAGCCGCGCGUGCGGUGUUGCCAGCGCCGCCCUCUUCAACUUCCCUUCCAGCGAAGCCCUGCACCAUCUGGCGCAUCGCGUCAUCGCCUGCUGUCAUCGAGCGUAG